AUGUCGAAAAGAAACCCUUCCAAGGCUUAUGGAGUCAUUGCGUUCUUAUUUUCACUUAUAUCUCUUCUCCUUACCCUCGUAGUCGUCCUUUCCGGGGUAGGUGGACAUGUAUUGGCAGAAUACUUGACGAUCAGUACCGAGGACCUUAGUGUCCCGUCAAAACUGAGAGCCUCGGCGCUCUUGAAAGACUUGUCGGCAAUAGGAGGUCUAGACUGGGUUGGCUCGGAUAGAGACGCCAAAUCGUUAGGUCUCGCGCCUAGCUAUAGCCUUAACCUCUUGACGGCCUGUUCUGAAGAUGAUGGCGCGACUACUUGCGAGACACCGAAGAUCGGGUUUAGAUUCGAUCCUAGCUCGGAUCUCCAUCUAGACGGCGUUUCAGUCCAAGGGACGUCUUCCUCAGCGUAUGCUGACGAACUUCAGUCAUAUGGGAAAACGUCGACCUUCCUCGGUGCUGGAUACAUCAUUGGCAUUAUCUUUACGGUCUUGACGUGCCUCUUUAUCAUUGUAUCAUGUUUCUCCCCUAUGGCAGUCAUAUUCGGCCUAUUAACCUCGGGUUUGGCGUUCAUCUUCCUCCUUGCAUCGUCCAUUGUUUCGGCCACAAGUUCAAACAAGCUGAAAGCCACAUUUAAUGAUGCAUUCGCAGACUCAGGAGUCCAUACCGAUACCAGUCCCAAAAUGAUUGGACUCGGGUUUGGAGCUGCCUUCGCAAUCGUGAUUGCGCUUGUCCUGAUGUACUUUCAGUUGCGAGAUUCCCGCAAUAAACGAAGCCAAGGCGGUUUCGAAAGCAAAGACGGAGCUCUAGACGGCCUGGAACCACAGCAUGGUCUCCUGAGACGGGUCAAAACGUGGAAUCGGCACAAGUAUAUGGAGGUCGAGAAACAAAAGCCCAUCAUCCAUCACCGCGGCCCUUCCCCCGAGGAUGACAGACGAGGCCUCAUCGCAACCGUGGAAGAUGAUUUCUCACAUGAGCGCCCUAGUGAUUUCGCUAUGGGGUCUAUGCAGAGGAAGUACGACAGUCAUAGUAGAAACCCGAGCGCCGCUUACGAUCCCCACGCCAAUACUGCGUACGGUUCGCAAGUGGACACAGCCUAUGAUCCGCACAAGCCUCCAACUUUUAUUUGA